AUGGUUGUGUCUCGACUCGCAGUGCGCGUGCAAAAGGCUUUCAAUGGCAAUGCAUACAUUAGAUCCACUCGCACUGGAAGUUCCGAAUUUUACAAGACAGUCUAUGGCCCCUACAUGCGCUGUGAAGCAGCUGGGCUGGUGGGACCUCCAAAUGCCGCUCCAGAUCUGGUCGCCACCACAUUACUCGGAGGUAUGACCUGGACUUCUGCCAUCAACGACAUGUUCUCAACUAUCGAAAAACGCAGCGGAGCACCGGCGGCUGCUUUUGGCGGCAUGGUCACCUUCGAAAAGUUGGUAGGAACAGCAAUCGCUCUUCCGUCCACGGAGAAAGAAAACAUCUUCGAGGCUAAGGACAAGUACUACCCCUUCGCUCCCCAUGUGGAGCACAAUGUCAAUUGCGUGGUUGUCGGCUUCGUGGCUGACAUGCCUGCCGUCGAGAAGCAGGGCAUCACCGGACUGGACAAGGUCUUGUACAAGGGAGCUUCUGGAUCUGCUGGAGGAGGAGCUGCGGACUUCCUCACCUUGCAUGCCCAUUUGGUGACGCUACGGCGCAGCUGCAAAGCAAAAACGCCCCAAGAGGUGCUACCUCAGGAUGUGAAGGAGGUAUACCACCUGGAUUCAUCCAGCAUCGUGUCGAGUUUUAAUCUGGAAGUAUGGCUCAUCAAUGAAAGCAUGCAAGAGCACUCCGUGAUGUCGGAAGAUUCGGUGUGUCCGCUGAUUGCACCGCCUCCAAGCACAUGCAACUGCUCCGAAUGGGUGGUCAACGCAUUAGUGGAUGCAGGUGUGACGCAUGUCUUCGGUGGACAUGGUGGUGCCCUUGUACCUCUAGUCAAUGCGAUCGUGAGCCAUCCGCAGGUGCAGUGGGUCUGCACGCGAAACGAGGCAAACGCCUCACUCAUGGCAGCUGCCUAUGCCAAGCUUACGGGCAACUUGGGGGUGUGCGUUGCUACCUCAGGGCCAGGAGCCUCAAAUCUGACGACGGGCCUGCUCGACGCCUUGCAAGAUCAGUGCUCGAUGAUUGCAAUUACGGGCCUCAAGCCGAGAGGUGGCAUCGGUUACAGCGAGUUCCAAGACCUCCAACAGAGCCGUAUGUUUGCAGCUGGUGGUCUGCCGAUGAGUCUGGACGUCUCGAGCCCCGAUGCCUUAGUACCGCUGCUCCGAGAUGGCGUCGCGAAGGCACUGUCCCUCCGAACGGUUGUUCAUCUGGGCUUGCCAGUGGACGUCCAGGCGGCAAAAAGUCCAGUGCCCCUAAAGCCUUUCUGUGCGGCAGAUGUUAGGGAUGACGUUGAGCUGUCAGAGACCCACUCCUACGUCAUCAAGAACGUGGCUUCUGAGCUCCGCGCUGCUUCUGGGCGCGGAAGUGGCCGGGUUGUCAUCGCCGUGGGCCAUCGUGCUGUGGGUGCCGGGAAGGAGAUUCUCCAGCUUGCUGAGCGCAUUAAUGCACCGGUGCUGACACGGCUUGAUGCGAAAGGAUGCGUCGACGAGUCUCACAACCUGGUCUUCGGCGUUAUUGGUGUGCACGGCAAAUCUGGACUUGAGCUCGCGACGAAAGUCAUCGAGACUUCUCAGUUGGUAAUUUCCAUUGGUAAUCACGACGAUACACUAUUGUUAUGCAACAGGGCAGGCUUGCAAAUUCGGCCUAUGAUUACGUUCGAGCCCGACGCCAUGUGCUUGCGGAUCAACGCGAGAUACAGAGCGUUGUAUGAUGUCGUUGGAAAUGUGAAGUUUACUCUCCGCCGACUGUUGACUGAGCUGGGGCCGCAGGAGAACGACCCUAUUGCCAAGAAUCCGAGUUUCAUGGAGGGCUGGCACAGGGAGUUGGCCUACAGUGGUAUGGACAUUGUGACGCCGCUGGACGCUGCCAACCUCCAUAUGGCACCUCCACCCCGUCAUGCGAAGCUGGAGCUCCCCACGGAUGCGAAGAAGUUAUGGUCCAACAUCCACAACGGCAAGUGGAAGCUCCACAAGAGAGAAUCAUCUCGGUUCUUGUGCACGAGCCCUGCCUCGCAUGACUUGUCCCACCCGGACACGGUCAUGAAGGAGAUGUCUCGCCGCAUGGAGGCCAACGACGUUCUCUGUGUGGAUGUUGGUGAUGUGACCCUGUGGGCCAGUUUGUCAGCUUGCCUAACCAAGGGGCAAAGGACCCUGUCCUCGGAGAGAUUAGGGACCAUGGGCUACGGCCUGUGCGCGGGCAUUGUCGCUAGCCUCGUCCGAGCUGGUGACGGACGGGCUGUCGUCGUCAUAGGUGACGGCGGUGUUCAGAUGAGCAUCAACGAGCUGGGCACUGCCCAGCAUCUGUUUGCCAACUUGAACAAGGACCACAGCCUCAUUCUUGUCAUCCUUGACAACGCAAAACUCGGCCGGGUCGCCUUCGGAUUUGAAGGGGCCCUGGGCUGUGAUCUUGGCCCCUCACCCGACUUUGCAGCCAUUAGCAAGGCGUAUGGCGGCAACGGCAUGAAGGUGGCUUCUGCGGCGGAUCUUGCAGGUGCCAUGGAUGAGGCUUUCAAGUCCAAGGGCAUCUUCAUCCUUCACGUCCUCAUAGAUCCGCUACUGAAGGCUGACAUGGCGACGUUCCAGGACAAGUCGAUCACAAUGAUGGACAGUGGCUGA